AUAAUUCGAAGAUGUCUUUUGGCGGGUUUGGGUUUUCUCAAGGUUGCUAUGACAAAGUGUGGUAUUGUUAGUUAGAUGGAUUUACUUCACUACACAAUAAAGUGUAAAAAGGUUGUACAAUCAUAUUUGGAUUCACAUGUAAACAGACAGGAUCUACUUGAUGAUUUUUGUGCACUUGCUUUCCCUGUAAAUAUACUAAAUGAUAGGUCACGAACUGAGACCAUAGUUUCUGUCGUCCAGAAUCGUUCUUCUGAUAAAAGCGCCCUAUUUAUUUUCUCGCGAGCCAAGAAUUUGAUUUCGGAUCAAUCGGAUAUUCCAGCAUUAAUUGAUUUGAUUGUUUUGGAUGAAGACUUCUCUUGUGAGGCGACAAACUCUGGUAUCUGCCUUCUUGUUACUGGAAAGCGAUUGGUCAACAUAUCUGCCGAUGAAAAGAAACGUACAAAUCAACAGCUUAAACUUUAUGUUGUUUCCAAUCGUGACAAUGACUCAUCACAUCCUAAAGUGAAUGACACAAGUGAUAUUGAUUCGGAUAAUGAAAUAUAUUCAAAGAAUCCAGUGUUUCUGAAAAGUCUAAAAAGUAACUACCAGGAACCAAUAGAUAAAGAAAAUAUUCAAUUUUCUAGUGUCAAUUUUACUUUGGAAUUUAAUAAUGUAGAUGAUGCCAAGGAAUUUCGGAAGAAAACUCUUCAUUUGUCUUCCGGAUAUCGAACAAAGUUAUCGGAAUUUAAUUAUGCUAAGUCAUCUAAAGAGCGAACAACCUAUGAGAUGGGUAAAGAAGCUUUAGCUAUUUUGAAUUCCUCUUCUUCUGAACAAACGUUUUGGUUACAAAAAUAUUGGAAACAAAUGGAACAGACAAACACUUCAUCCUCUAUCAUUAAUACACCUCGACCAGGGGCGAAUAUCACUAGUUCUGUUGGAUUAAAUGGUGACAAUAAACAUAAUCGUCAUUUAAGUGGAUCCUUACCACACAGUACUUCUAAUGAUACAUCUAGUAUAAGUGAAACAAUAAAUAUGAAUAGUAGUAGUUGUUCCAGUAUUGGUUCAUUCAAUCAUAGUGUUAAAAUAACACGACAAAAUGAAAUUGAAAAACUACCUACUACUAACGUUGAUGAUAAUAACAAUAAUACUAAUAAUAAUGGUUAUAACAAAACUAAACUAAAACGAUCUGUAAAACAUUCAACGAAACUGCGUCAUUCCCAAUCAUCUUCCAUAUUAUAUCCAUAUACGGCAAAUCAUUUACAUGAUAAUGAUAAUCUACUAUCGAAUCAUUUGAUUGACCGAUCAGUUCCACUUACUCGAAAGAAUUCACCAUCAAAUCAAUUAGAUGUGGCUAUUCCCUUGAAUGAUUUACACCGUACAGUCACAUCAGCACAUAGCUGUGCGGAUCUCACUUCCGAUUCUACUGUUCACGAUGAUCAUUUGAGUAAAAAUAAGAAUGAAUAUCUAGAACCACGUGUUUUUCGGGCACGAUUCAAUCAAGCUGGUAAUAUUAUUCAAAGAAAAUUAAUUGAACGUAUGCAUGAAUAUUCUAAGAUUGAAAAAAUUCGCAUUUAUGUCGGUACAUGGAAUGUGAAUGGUCGAAGUGAUACUAAUGGUAAUAUACAAUUGGAUAAAUGGCUUAUAUCACCUAACGGUCAACCACCUGCUGAUAUUUAUGUAUUUGGGUUUCAAGAAAUGGAUUUAAGUUUCAGUGUAAUUACUCUAAAUAAAACUAGCUCUACUGGACCCGAAGAACGAUGGAUUCAACAAUUAGAAGAAGCUUUAGGUGGUUUACUCAAACGACCUUCAUCGCAUUCUGUUUGGGCUCAAAGAACAGGUUCUGUAAAAUCAUACGCUGCUCAAUGGUCUCAUUAUACAGGAGGUGGCUAUUUACGAGUGGAACGUGUUCGCCUAGCCGGAAUCAUAAUGAUUGUUUACAUAUCAGCUCGUUUAUCUUCUCAUUUACGUCGUGAAGAGAUCUCUUGUCAAGUUGUACCUACAGGUGUUUUCAACGUGAUGGGUAAUAAAGGUGGUGUUGGCAUUCGAUUGACCAUAUUUAAUUCUUCUUUAUGUUUUGUUAAUUGUCAUUUGGCUGCAGGUGAAGCGAAUCUUGAUCGUCGUAAUCAAGAUUUUCGAGAAAUUACACGUAAAAUGUUAUUUGAAUUUCCGAUGAACUCGAAAAAUCCCAUACAAUCAUCUGAAAAAGCGUUUAUUUCAGAUCAUGACAUUAUAUUUGUAUUUGGUGAUUUAAAUUAUCGUAUUAGUGGCCUGGAUUCACCUAGUGUUCGUAAAUCUAUUUUCGAAAAAGAUUUUUCUUCUUUACUCAAAUAUGAUGAAUUAUUAAAACUUAUGGAGAAUCGUAAUUUAUUUGAUGGUUUUCAUGAACCUAUUAUCAAUUUCGCGCCGACUUACAAAUUCGAUAUGAAUUCCAAUGUUUACGAUUCUAGUGAUAAAAAUCGUGUUCCAUCCUAUUGUGAUCGUAUCAUAUGGUCAGGUGAUGGUUGUGAACCAAUUGUUUAUCGUUCACAUCCAGAAUUUGUUUGCAGUGAUCACAAACCUGUUUCUGCAUACUUUUCAGUUGAUCUGCGUCGUAUAAUACGUUCAGCAUUUCAACGUGCUUAUGAAUCCGUUUUACUCAGUAUAGAUUUAACCACAAAUUUAUCACUUCCACAAGCCGAAUUGGAUAGACAAGAAUUAGAUUUCGGUUAUGUACAUUUUCACGAAUUAUGCAGUCAAUCAUUAACUCUAACUAAUAUUGGCCUGAAUGAUUUUCAAUUUAAAUUUUUACGUGAAGGUGUUGGAUCAUUCCCACCAUGGCUUUCAGUUAAUCCAUCAUGUGAUUCCGUGAAACAAGGUAUGCGUUUACAUGAGCAAAUGAAUGGACGAUAAUUUUUCGGUAUCAUUAUAGCAUAGACAGCAACUAAUUUUGUAAAAGGAUUUUUUAAAUGUGAUUAUUAUCACUACGAAGUUCUAAUAUCUACUAACAACAAUACUGAGAGUGUGAUAUAUAACUAUUUUUACAGUGGUCAUGUUUUCUUUAUCAUUAAGAAGAACAAGGUGAUCUCCAUUGUUGUUAGGAAUUUGUGAGUAGUUGUCACUUCCCAGUUAUCUAUGUUUGAAAAGGUACUUCCUGCAGUGUCCGUUAGAGAAACUGGGUUGGGAGUGGUCUUGAUGACUUGGGAGUGCAAUGCUCAAGAGACAAUUCGUUGAGGCUUAUCACAUACGGGCUUUCUGUGAGUAGUUUUAGAUGUGUUCUGUUCUUUCAAGCUUUUAGCACUGGCGAUGGAUAUCAGUGUGUCAAAACGAGGUAUUACAUUUUUCAGUUUGCAUUUUCAUCCCCCUCCUUCCGUUAUUGUUAAAGUAGCAGUACUACAGAUGUUGGUUUUGUGACGGAAAUGACUUACUACAAUCUUACCCUUGUACUUAUACGAAUUCGCCUUGUUUACCAUAUGGUUACUGCUUUUAGUCUUGUAUCUCUCUAGCUAAUCUGACUGAUGUGAUGGGACUUUCAGAGAUGAAUGUCUCAGUUAGUGUUGUCUGAUUGGAUCGUCAGGAUAUGCAAGCUCGGGAUUUAGAUGUGAACUCUUAUAGUGUAUCAAUAAUACGUAGUUGGUCUGAAAAUUGUAAUGUAUCAACUUAGUACUGUGUGAUUGUUCUAAUCGGACAUUCAUUUUUCUAUUUAUUUUAUGCAUAAAUAAAGUAUGGCACUUAAAAACUUAUCAUUCACAAUAGAGUAUAAACAAGGUUUAACAAAUAUAUACAUAUUGCAUUUUGCAUGGAAACUGAAAAAAAUCCAGACGAAAUAUAUUGAUAAGUAUUUACUUGAUUUGAAAAUAAAAAUGGGAAGAAUACUAAAGUAAAUGAUCAAAGUAGUAGAAUAAAGUAUUUGUAAUGCUACUAGUACACUGGCCAUCUGCCAGAGCUUACUGCUUUCAGUUAGGAAUAACUGAGUUAAUUUGCAAAAUCGAUCAAGUUUACUGUAAGUAGUGAAAUGUAACUAAUCAUUUUUUGGGUUGGCCUAUGUUUUCUAUUGGUUUUCAAUUUCUGGUUGGAAAUUGAUAGACUGACUAAACAAUUAAUUUGAUAACAUGUAAAAAUGGAUUCACCGGUUGCUUAAAUGAAAGUUAAUACUUAGUUAUCAUCCAUCUUUUGUCAAGUUAUCUUCAUCCAAGCAGAAAAAAAUGUAGAAAACAUUUAUGACUUGAUUAACCACCAAUCACCGUAGUGGUCGAUACUCCAUCGUUGCCUUAUCCGAAAUACUCUCUGUGUUGGGUAGUGGUAGUAUAGGAGGUUGUUUUGUUUUGAUAAUAGUUUGAACCCUGUCAUCUUCUUCGAUUUGUGUGGCUGUUGAGUAAUAGUAGUAGUAUCAAUAGCCGUCGAACAUAAACUAUAUCUCUCAAAGCUCAGAAUACAAACCUGUAAUUAGUGAACGCGUUGCAUAGCACGACUUAAAUCAUUUCUACAAAAGUAUAUUUCGCACUCCCCAAUGAUAGUUAAGAUUGAGUUCGCUUAUUGUGGUUUGGUUGAUGUCUGCCUGUUGUUAGUCGGCAGGAAAACCCACAGGAAGCACCAUAUCCAUCAUGACUACAGGUACGUACACAUCCCUGAUGAAUACAAAACGUAGAUUAAACAGGAUAUUCUGCCAACUACCUUAAGCCAUCUAACAUCUCAACAUACUGUGCAUGAUGUUAAGCCAGUUAGACUACUGGCUAAAUCACAAUUUAAUCAACAGAAUUUGAUCAAUAAUAAUGAACUAAAUAAAAAUGAUAUUGUUACUACUCAGUGAUCGGUCUAUUGUCUGCCUGUCUUUCUGUCCUUGAGGUCAUUCAGAAGUAUUUUUCAAGUUAUAAUCAUCAACUCAACUCUAUAGUUUAUUUACUUCGAAGUAUCCUUAUCAUUAGUAUAAUUUUGCAUUAAUCUGGAUCGACUUUUCUGCUUGUAUGUCUUACUAACAACCUAUUUAACAGAUUUUAUUUUCGUAUUAAGACUUAUGAAGGUAUCUUAGCAAGUCUCAUUGUUUCAUGGAUUCUUCCCCAUGCAAAUUAUAGUUCAAGCUCCACUCUUCACUGGUUUAUUGUCAUAGUAUACAAACUCCUACUUCGUUACUUAUCUACGUGAACUGGUAAUUGGUUCUCUGAUUAAGGAAUUUGACUUUCUGUCAUUGAGUUGUUGGCUCGAGACCCAAUCCACUUAUUUCCAUUUAUUUAACCAAGUAGUAUUAAUAAUCCCUAGACUCAAAGUCAAGUGCACGGUUAUGAAUCUGAUAAAAUGAGUUUUUGAAAAUAAGAAAAAAAAGAAGUAUCAAAUCGAUUAUUUUAAAGCAACUU